AUGCCCGGCGACAGGGAGGACGAGAUCUGCCAGAAAGCGCUGCAGCUGCUGGCCGAGCUGUGCUCCGUCGGGGCGGUGGAGAACGAGAACUGCCGCGAUUUCAUCUACUACCUGCGGGACAGAGCCCGGCCCCGCCUCAGCGACUCAGAUAUCUCCAUAAGCCUGCUGUCCCUGGUUGUCACAGCCUGUGGCCUGGCUCUGUUCGGUGUGUCCCUGUUCGUGUCCUGGAAGCUGUGCUGGAUCCCGUGGCGGGAGCGGGGUUUGCCCUUCGGGAGCAAGGACAGCAAGCAAGAGCCGCUGCACUACGCGGACGCGGACGCCAAUGAGCGCGACUACAGCGAGGAGUACCUGGGGCAACCCGCUGCCUACCCUGAGGCCUCCAUGAAGAUCAGCCACACCUCCCCGGACCUGCCGCUGGACACCCAGGCAGGAGCCAAGGAGAACUGCGUGCCCGACGGGCGGAUGCAGCGCCAGACCACUGAGCCCACCUCGUCUGCCCGGCACAACUCACUCCGGAGACAGCUCAACCUGUCCAACCCUGACUUCAACAUCCAGCAGGUGCAGAAGCAGGAGCAGCUGACGGGAAUCGGACGCAUCAAGCCAGAGCUGUACAAGCAGAGAUCGCUGGACACGGACGAUGGCCGGAGGAGUAACAACAAGGCCUGUGGAAAACUCAACUUCAUCCUCAAGUAUGACUGUGAUCUGGAGCAGCUGAUAGUGAAGAUUCACAAGGCCGUCAACCUGCCAGCAAAGGACUUCUCUGGAACUUCAGAUCCAUACGUGAAGAUAUAUCUGCUCCCCGACAGGAAAACAAAACACCAGACUAAAGUGCACAGAAAGACCCUAAAUCCAGUAUUUGAUGAAGUUUUUUUAUUUACUGUCCCCUACAAUGAUCUCAACACAAGGAAACUCCAUUUCUCUGUGUAUGACUUUGACAGAUUCUCCAGGCACGACUUGAUUGGCCAAGUGGUAGUGGAUAAUUUUUUAGAUUUGGCAGAUUUUCCCAGGGAAUGUAAUAUUUGGAAGGAUAUUGAAUAUGUCACCAAUGAUAACGUGGAUCUUGGUGACCUUAUGUUUUCGCUCUGCUACCUUCCAACAGCUGGUAGACUAACUAUUACAAUAAUAAAGGCAAGAAAUCUAAAGGCAAUGGAUAUCACGGGAGCAUCAGAUCCCUACGUGAAGGUUUCUUUAAUGUGUGAAGGAAGGCGGCUAAAGAAAAGGAAAACUUCCACCAAGAGGAACACCCUAAACCCCGUUUACAAUGAAGCCAUAGUCUUUGAUGUCCCUCCAGAAAACAUUGACCAAAUUAACUUGUCGAUAGCUGUUAUGGAUUAUGACCGUGUAGGUCACAAUGAGGUCAUUGGAGUUUGUCAAGUAGGCAACGAUGCAGAGAGUCUAGGUCGCGACCACUGGAACGAAAUGCUCUCGUACCCUCGGAAGCCCAUCGCUCACUGGCAUCCUCUUGUGGAGGGCCCUAUUCAGCAGGAAUGUUAUGCAGGUCUUCUGCGGUUGGAUGGCUGCCGAAGAGGCUUCCUCACCCUUUUAACCUAUUCAGCAGAAAUUUGGCAUUCCUGUUGA